ACAUUUAUAUAAAUCCAGCAAAGCCUCCUAAGUGUACAUGUGUAAGUGGGUGUGCAAGAGAGAGAAUCGUAUGGGGUGUGCUGUUUUUUACGUUUGUCCGUACUGUUAAACAAAAUAGGAAAUAGUGCUAAAAUCAUCAUCGUAAGUACAGGAUUUGGUACUUUAUAUUUUAUUAUUAAGAUUAAGAGCCACGCAGUUCGUUAGAUUCGGCCAGCUACGGAGCAGCUGCUGCAGGUGGAACUAAAGCAAAGUGCGUGCGUGUGUAUGUGUGGUUGUGUCCGUCUGGAGGAGUAUGUGCCAUACAAUGCAACGCAGUUCCUGAGGGUUACAUUGAACCGAUAGACCGCACGAUCAUCAACCGCUCGAUAUCGACUGUGCUCUCGUCCAUCAGACAUUCGCUCAGCCCUUCGAUCAACUGCUACUUCCGGUGGGAAGACCACUUCCUAUCAAACCGAUUUCAACAGCAUCAUCCGGCAACGAAACUCAACGGAUUGAAUGAUCCUUGAGCAUAUAACCUGCGGAAGCUGAACACUACAGGAUCCUACACCGAGCAGAAGGCCGCUAGUACGUGGCACAAUGUGGAAGUGCCACAAAUGCGGCAAACCCGUCUUUUUUGCGGAACGCAAACAAUCGCUCGGUUAUGACUGGCAUCCAGAAUGUUUGCGGUGUGAGGAGUGUGGCAAACGGCUUAACCCUGGCCAGCAUGCUGAACAUAAAGGAGUUCCGUACUGCCAUGUGCCGUGUUAUGGGGCCCUGUUUGGACCGCAACUAUUCGGGCACGGUACGCGUGUGGAGUCGCACAAGAGCUUCGGCCAACCGGAUCAAAAGAAGCAGGCGAUCCAACGGUCACAGGCCGGUCCGACCGUUCCCCGGGGCCAUCUCGAGUCCAAGCUGAAGUGCUACAAUCAAUUCCACAACAAUAAAAGUAUGGAGAUACGAAGCCGGGAGGUAAACGGGCGGCUCGUGCUGGAGGGUGCGUUGCGCAUCUACUGGGGUGUGCAGGGUAUGAUCCAUCUGAAGGAGGACGACGAUCAGCGGACAGUGGUGACGGUGCGCAAGCGCAAUUCUUACCGUCAAAGCAAUCCGGUGUCGCGCAACGCAGCGAGUGAUGAGGAGGGCGAUGAGAAGGAAAAUGUGCCGCUCGGGCCGGACCAACAGCAAGCACGGGGCGGUGCGGGCGUUAUGGGCAUAAGUACUUCCAGUUUGACGGAACCGAUCGAUAGCAACAACGACACGACCACCAUCUCGGAGAGCAUCUCGUACGACACGCUCAGCCUAUCGUCGGAGCUAAACUCGAACUUUGACUCGAAGCCGGCCUCGUCGAGUGAAUCGUCCAAGGAAGUAUCGCCGAGCCAUGCGGGAAGCAAGUACGUUACGUUGCCACCCAAGCUGGAUGUGAAGCAGCUUGACUGGGAUGAAAUAGAUGAGCUGCUGCAGGUGGAACGGAAGCUGGACGAUAGCGAGAAGCCGUAUCGCACGAUGCCGUCGCCGCUGGCAUCGACCGGGGCUGGCCCCGGAUCCGGAUCGGGUGGGGAUCGUAGUCUGGCUAGCGAAAGCAUCACCGACACAGACUACAAGACGCUCACACCUAACACGGCGACCGGCGGUUCGGCUGGUUCGGGUGGGUCCGGUGAUAGUGACCGUACGACUACUGGUGGGCCGGACACGUCCACAAGCGUCACCAGCACCGCUACCAGUGUGACCACGAACGGGGACGACGACUUUCGUACGCCGGAAGCAACGUUACGGUCACACGAUUUUGAAGCAUUCAAGAUGCAGAUUAGUCGUGAGUUUAUCAACAGCACGGCGGAGAUGGGCACAACGGACGGUACGCUCAAGCAGAACCAACCUAUCGAUCCGGCACGUAUCAACGAUUCGUUGAAGCUGUACAACGACGGAGUUAUGAACCGGAGUCUGUCGGACGAGCAGUGCCGGAAUGCAAUGUUUUCUCUCCCGGCAGGCAAUAUAACGGGAUCGUUUCACGUUGAGUCGGGUGGUAAUGAGGAAGACGAAACGACUCUACGUCAUCCGGCAAAUGGCGUUUAUGCAUCGCCCAAUCACGUCCGACAAUCUUCGAACGAUAGUCCCAAAAAACGGAUACAUCUUCAACGGCCCCACCCAACCAACGACCCACCGUCAUCGGAGGCGACGACGAACGGGGGUGUUACUUCACCCGGCACAGACACGGACAGCUGGACGGCCGAUCGUGGGCUGCUGCGUUCCAAGUCCCAGGGCAAUCAUUAUUCGGGCAACAGCCUAAUGGAUAGCGACGCGGACGACGAUAGUGGCGGUGGAACCGGUACGGAAACGCUGAAACCAUCCGAGAAGACCACCUCGAUUCACAUUCGCAUGGAUUGCUACGAUGAGCUGGAGAGCCCAUCAUCGGCACGAGCAGCCACACCGUCGGAGGAUGGCGAUAUGACGGCAGUAACGACCACCACGGUAACCACAACGACCUUGCCGUCGGAGUACAGUACCAGUAUCAGUGGGCAUCCCGUAACGGAUGAUGGGGUCGUACUGCGGAAGCCACCGAAAACGGGCUCUACCGCCAUCAAGCGUCGGUCGGGCAAUCGGCGGUCGCGCACCAAGCUGAAGCGCCGCUGUUCCAUCAACGGACACUUUUACAAUCGCGAAACGUCGUUCUUCACACCUCCGUACGGUUCGCAGAUGAACGUUUGGGUGACGUCUCUCGUUAACACGCAGGAGGUAAUCAAUCUACUGCUGGAAAAGUAUAAGGUCGAAUCGAAGGCGGAAAACUUUGCGCUAUUUAUCGUGCGCGAUAAUGGUGAGCAGAAGAAGCUAAAGGAUGACGAUUAUCCGCUCGUCACGCGUGUCAUUCUCGGCCCGCACGAGGACAUUGCCAAGCUGUUCCUGAUGGACGGUCAGCAAACGCAGGAAAUAAGCAGCGAAGUUGCACAGUUUCUGAACCUUUCGAUUCCGGAGUGUCGCGCCAUUUUGGAACGGUUUCACGAGGAGGAGCAACGUGAGCUGCAUCGAAUACGGUUCAAGUUUGCUGAGCUGCGGAAACGUAUCAUACAGCGGAUGGAAUCGCUUAAGGUCAGGCUGUAGAAAACCGUAACGAAACGUUGGAACGAUUGUCAAAAUGUUUUAUCCCCCUCCCCCAUUUUCCUCUACGAUACGUAAACCGGUUAAGACAUGAUGGCGCGUCUUAAGAGAGAAAGAGAGAGAGAGAGAAAGCAAUCAAAACCGAAUAAUAAUCAUACUUGUUGAUGUUUGUUGUUAAGCAAGGGCACACCCCGAAGAGGCCUUCGAAUGGCAGGUGGUCAGAACGUCCCGGAGAGGUAGUACCGUACCCGAGUGUAUUGCAAUCAUUAAUAUCAAACGCUCUUUAAGGAGGCAUCCCAAGUCAGUUAAAUUUACUUGCUGUAAAAAAAUAACACGGAUUUUCGAUCAUCAAAUGGUGUAGUAAUUUUUUUUCUCUCCAAUGACAGUAGAAGAAAACUAGGACCGCAAUUUGUAACGACAGGAACAAAUUGUGCAAAGCCAGGGAGAGAGAGAGAGAGAGAGAGCGAGAGGUUAGAAUAUCAAACUGCCAAAACUGAAGGUAUUUUAUAAAUGCGGUACGUACACGUAGAAUACGAUUGCAUCUAGUGCGCAAAACUGGCUGGGAAAGGUAGCAAUUAGUCUCGGGCAAAGGGUACAAAAGCAAUUCGAAAAAAAAAAUAAUGACAGGAAAAAAUAGCAUGAAACCAGGAACUAGAACACACUUUUGUGUGUAGUAGUAAGCAACAGCAUAAUCGAAGAGGUGGUAGAGGUGAGAACGGCGGACCGGACCGAGGUUUUAAAUCCCAUCCGGACGGUUCCCACAGGACGGUACGGCAGAAAUGGUAGGCAUGGCCUGUAGAGGUCGGUAGGCCAAGAAGACAGAGGGAGAGAAAAGAGGAUGUAAGCACCCUCCCCGUAACACAAUCAAACCUCAACAUACUUAGCUCAAGACGAGACGAAAAAGAAAAAAACUCUCAAAAAGCUUUAAUGCUUGUGAACAAAGUGCUCCAAUUCUGCUGGGUGGACUGUAUGGGCUGACGAAUUGGAUGUUUAUAUAUCGAUCAAACAAUUAGUAUAGGAACGAUGCAAGCAAAUCGUAACACCAUUUCCGACUGAUGAUGUCCAGGUGCUUCCUCUAGCUCAUUAUUAGCAUCUCAGCCGCUGGAAUGCGCCCGCCAAGUCUUGUUGACUUGCGUCCGUGCAUCGUAAGGACAGCAUUGCAUGUGUGUUGUUGAACAAUCGGUAUCAUUUGAUUACUUACCAUUAUUUCAUGUGCUAUGUUUUGAAAGCGGAUUAUUGCAGAAUCUUAUCAUCCAAGUGGCAAAUCCUUAACGAUAAAUGAACACUAAACAUAACCCCCUCAGCUCAUUAAUAUGCUGCAUCCUAGUUGCUGCUGAUGUGGUUGAUCAUUUUUUUAUAUAAAGUAUAAACAAACACUAUACAAACUCUUUCCCCUUUCUGGUUCAAUGACCGGUUCACUUUUUGUGCGUGAGUGUUAUAGCUUAAACAGCCCAAAAUCUAUAAAAAAAACCCGCAUCUCAUAAAGAAUCUCCUUUUUUAACAAAUGUUUCGCUUGAAGAGCAAAUCGGGAUCGCUAUGAAAAUUCGCAAAUUAGCUUGUUAGUAGUUAAAAAAAAGGGAAGUUUUCGUUUACGGGUUUUUUAUGUUUUGGAGUUGUGAAAACAUUUUAUUUGCAUCUUGUAUGAGCACCAUUCGAGUGUCGGACGAAUAAUUUGUUGGCUUUCCAAAAGGCUCCCGCAGAACGAUUUCCCCCUGCUUACGUGUGCUCUACACGGAAGAUGAUGCGUUGAAUGCUCAAUCAAUACUUGCGAGUGCAUUUUUAUGGUUCUACACAUCAUUAGAAUGCACACGACGUGGACGUAGAUGGGUAACGAUAAAGAAACACUAAACAAUAAAUAAAUAAAUAAAACACCCCAAGCAUAUUCUCAGGCAGUGAUGAUAGGCAACCAGGCAAGCUGUGAAAUUCGGCUGGUUAACGUAGGUGCGAUUUUUUUACAAACAAACAAAAACCAUAACACGAUGGUGAAGGGAAAGCCUCAUUUAGGCGACUGUCGAUGGAUAAGGAAUCGGAGGGAAGAUAGAAGAUAGCCGUGCACGUUCGCAUUAUCAAGUAAAAGUGUAAUCUCUUUCUCUCGUACCGUUUAGGGACGUGCCGGGCGAGAAGUAAUAUGCGAAUAAUAUAAUGCAAUUAACAAACAACUUUUA